UGAGAGCUGGAGGGGCGUGCGCGCGCGCCCUCGCCCUGUUGCGCGCGCGGUGUCACCUUGGGCGCGAGCGGGGCCGCGCGCUCACGGGACCCGGAGCCAGGGCCAUUGAGUGGCGAUGGCGGCGACGGCGAGUCCCGGGGCCGGCGGGAUGGACGGGAAGCCCCGUACCUCCCCUAAGUCCGUCAAGUUCCUGUUUGGGGGCCUGGCCGGGAUGGGAGCUACGGUUUUUGUACAGCCCCUGGACCUGGUGAAGAACCGGAUGCAGCUGAGCGGGGAAGGCGCCAAGACCAAAGAGUACAAAACCAGCUUCCAUGCCCUUACCAGCAUCCUGAGGGCAGAAGGGAUAAGGGGCAUUUACACCGGGCUGUCAGCUGGCCUGCUGCGCCAGGCCACCUACACCACUACUCGUCUUGGCAUCUAUACCGUGCUGUUUGAGCGCCUGACUGGGGCUGAUGGGACACCCCCUGGCUUUCUGCUGAAGGCCGUGAUUGGCAUGACCGCCGGUGCAACUGGUGCUUUUGUGGGAACACCAGCGGAGGUGGCUCUGAUCCGCAUGACUGCCGAUGGCCGGCUUCCGGCUGACCAGCGCCGUGGCUACAAAAAUGUGUUUAAUGCCUUGGUUCGAAUCGUCCGGGAAGAGGGGGUCCUCACUCUGUGGCGGGGCUGUAUCCCCACCAUGGCCCGGGCGGUCGUCGUCAAUGCUGCCCAGCUUGCCUCCUACUCCCAAUCCAAGCAGUUUUUGCUGGACUCAGGCUACUUCUCUGACAACAUCCUGUGCCACUUCUGCGCCAGCAUGAUCAGUGGCCUCGUCACCACUGCCGCCUCCAUGCCCGUGGACAUUGUCAAGACCCGGAUCCAGAACAUGCGCAUGAUCGAUGGGAAGCCAGAAUACAAAAAUGGGCUGGACGUGCUGGUGAAGGUCGUGCGCUACGAGGGCUUCUUCAGCCUGUGGAAGGGCUUCACGCCGUACUACGCCCGCCUGGGUCCCCACACGGUCCUCACCUUCAUCUUCUUGGAGCAGAUGAACAAGGCCUACAAGCGCCUCUUCCUUAGUGGCUGAGGUGGCCGGGGGCUGGAGCCGGCGGCCCCUGCAGUGGCUGCGCCCCGGCGAGGUGGAGGGCCUGGACUCUGCCACCCGGGGCCCCUCUAUUUAUUUCCCCUCCACAGAGUGGUCUUCCCCUUUGUGGUAAAGGACUUUGGGCUGCUCUGUCCCCUGCUCCAGCUUGCCCUGCUCCGUGUGACCCACCCCUUUCCUCGAGAGGAUCUGGGGAACUCCCUGACGAUUUCUGGGCUCCUCUUGGGUGUUAGCUUCAGCGGAAGAGCCCCUUCCCAGUGGGGGGCCUUCCAGGCAGAGUUGGGGGGGAUCAGGAGACAGCAGAAGCCAUCCAGAUAGCCAAGGGUCUGCGCUGGGCUGACAUGGUCCUCUGAGGACUUAAUAAAUUGGAUUGAUCUCACCACCCCCAAAUCUAGAGAGCUGUGGAGGGGAAGAGGGGGAGGAGACUGGACAAAGAGGCUGAUGCCCCUGGGGACAGGAACUGGAGUUUUUAACAGAUUAUUAAAGAAAAAGCCCCUGCUGGUUUAUGCAAA